AACUGCAGCAACACUCAUGGAACACUACCUCUGAUGCCAUGUCAAAUAUUGCUGCCUUGAGUAGUUCCGCUAACGUGUCAAGUACUGCUGCCUUGUAUAGUUCCGCCAUACCAAUGAUGGGACCUCCUCCAACUGCCUACCCAUAUCCAUGGAGCAACCAGCAACACCCAUGGACCUCUACUUCCGCUCCCAUGUCUAGUUCUGCAAGUAGUGUCAGCUCUAGUGUAGCUGCCAGUUCUAGUGUACAAACAUGCGCUAGUGUCGCUGCUAGCUCAUGUUCGGCGUUACCAACAUUUGUUACUCCAACUUCUACCAACACAUAUCCAUGUGGCAGUGAGGAAAAUAAAGUGCAACAAAGUAACUCUGUUGAAGAAAUUAGUGAGGCCACAUUAGACUCGAUAGAAGUUGAAGCGCAAUCUACUGCCUCUUUUGGUAAUACAGUUGAUACGAAUGAGGCUGGCACUGAUGGGGGUGAUAUAACUGAGGAGCCAAAGCCAGGGAUGCGCUUUGACAAGAAUCUUUCACACCUCAACUGCCAAAAUGAAUUGCCAAGCCUUCAUACCUCAAGAUCAACAAAUGACGUUUUCCAGGAAAGCAAGAAGAGAAAAGUACUGGAGCUGUCAACAAGCAGUGAGGAUGAAGAGGAAAAACAAGAGGAAGGCAUUCAUGUUAGAGCAAAAAGAGGCCAAGCUACUGAUAGUCAUAGUUGA